CGCUGGUUGAGAAAUAGGUUUCUGUGGAGUUUUCCACUAAAAACCUAAUUUUUCUCAAUUGGGGUUUACAAAAAAUUUAUUUGUUUUUAUAUAUGCUUUUCAAAUAAGUUAAAAGCAGAAAAAUAAAAUUCCAACAUGGCUGAAGCUGCUGUGGAAUUCCCUUCAGUGCCCAAUUAUUUCUGCCAUCGGUGUGCACGAUCCGUGAAGAUAAACCCAACAACUGUCCUUACAUGUCCUCAUUGUGAGAGUGAAUUCAUAGAAGAAUUGACACAGGAAUUAGAAGAAAAUGAUCGAGCUAGGAAUAAUUCUAGAUUGACAGCUUCCCCGAUGGAUGUAGCCACAUUACUUUCCAACAUCUUUGCCAGUGUCACACCAGAUGAAGACUACCCAUUCCCUAGAUCGAGAAACACUAACAACAGCAGCAACAACAAUCGAACUGCAGCAGAUGAUGCUGAUGAUGAGGAGGAUAAAGAUGAUGAAGAUGAAGAAGAGGAUGAAGAGGAACAGGAAGAAGUUGAGGAGAUGGGAGAGAGAAUCAACAGGAGGUUGUGGGUGGGCCCAUAUCGUCUUCCACGCCCCGUGAGGAGGAGGAACCAGGAAUCAAGACCCCCACCUAGGUUUUUAGGAAACAUGCUGCUUGGGAGAUAUCCUAACUUUUCUGACCUGUUUGCAUUAUCAAGCCAGGAAUUUAGAUCAAAUCCGAGAGAUUAUGCCUGGGGAUCUGAUGGCUUGGAUAACAUCAUCACACAAUUGUUGAACCAGAUGGAGAACAGCGGGCCAGCCCCGGCCAAAAAAGAGGACAUAGAUAAUCUUCCCGAUGUUCUAGUGUCUGCCACACAAAUUGAUUUAUUUGCUCAGUGUAGUGUUUGCAUGGACUACUUCAUUGUGGAGGAGAGAGUGAAGGAGCUGCCGUGCCACCACUUCUACCAUGAAGAUUGCAUCGUACCAUGGCUCAAAAUGCACGGGACCUGCCCCAUCUGUAGGUACUCCAUCUCUCCUGACGAGUCUCCCAAGAAAACCGAAACCAGCAGCAACAACAGCACCAGCAACAACGAAAACAGCAUGGACAACACUCGCAACAGCCCGCGACCGUCUAGAGCAAGGUUAUUGCGAUACCCGCAAUCGUCAUCAUCUUCUUCAUCGUGGUCCCCUAUCUUUACUGCCCUGCGACUUCGACCGCCAGCAGAUCAUCAGCACUUUUCUGCUUCACCUACAUACAGCCCGCCAGGUAACAACGGCAACAACAACAUCAUCAGUAGCAACAACAACAUCACCAGCAACAACAACAUCAUCAGAGCAGCGACAAUACAGUGAGACGGAUGGUUGAGGAGAUGUUCCGAGAUGACAAUCUGCAUCGCAUCAUGCCCAUGGAACUCGAUACUCAGAGGAGAACUCGUUUUGACGGGGAAGAUGAUGAUUACGAGUUCGACACUGUCUACAGCUCCAACAUACCGAAUCUUGAUUUUAUCACCGAAGAUAACGACGACGACGAGCGUGAUCGAUCGACAGUUAGCGAGAGCAACGCCAGCAGUAGCAACAAAAAUAACUCACGUCACGUCAGUAAUGCUGAUGCAGAUGCAAACGGCGAUGGACAGCGGAAUAGAUCGUCUGGUUCAAACAAUUUCAGGUUCUUCAAUCCAUUCUCCAGGAGCAGAAGAUCAUCACAAAGAAACAACAUCAGCAACAAUGACAACAACACAGCUCGAAAUAGCAACAACAACGACAACAGUAACACAAUAAAUAACGCUGAUAAUAGUGUAGGCAAAAGAAAUUUGAGCAAAAACGGAAAAAGAUAAAACAAUUUCUGUUAUUUUUCGUACAUAAAUUCUAUUACUGUCUCUGUAUUGCUAUAAACACACAUGUACACACACACACACAC